AUGCCGCAACUUACCCUCCACUCCAACGCUGUCAACCUUGCCCGACGUCUCAGCGUCCAGAACGAAAACGAGCUCACCGGAAUGGAAGACUACCUCGCCGAGCCGACCCAGUAUUCCAAAACCGAGUGCCAAAACAUGGCCACGCAUAUGCUUCAUCCCAGCGCCCUUCCCGACCAGUGCAAGAAGUACCAAGAUGUUGUCCAGUAUUUGAAGAGGCAUGACACCGAUACUGCCCACCCCACUCAGUGGUUGAGCUAA